AUGCCUUUCACUGCCUCUGACAUUUGCAAGCUUAUCUUCGCCUUCAUCCUGCCCCCUCUUGGAGUGUUCCUUGAGACAGGGUGCGGUGCUGAUCUCCUCAUCAACAUCUGUUUGACCAUCCUUGGUUGGAUUCCUGGUAUCAUCCACGCAAUCUACAUCAUCUUCAAACACUAG